CAACCCUUCGACGAAAGCCAUUUCACGUCCUGGUUACACUGGUGAAUCUGUUAACUCGACCAUUCGUGGGCAAAAUAUUCUCUAGAGCGUCAACAGCCGUGUGAAGAUCCAGCGCCUCGGAUAUUCCAGCAGGCACCAUGGCCAGCGGGCCGCGCCUUUCUGAGGACCAGAGCCGUCUGCUCGAAGAGGCCUUGGCGGUCGUUCGGCAGCAGUCGUUAAUGAUGCGAAGAUGCCUGGAAACCCCCGGGAAGCUAAUGGACGCACUGAAAUGCGCUUCUACCCUGAUUUCAGAACUCCGCACGCCCAGUCUACCUCCGAAACAAUAUUAUGAACUGUACAUGGCCGUAUUCGAUGCCCUGCGCCAUUUAUCCGACUAUCUUCGGGAGAGCCAUCCUGUAAACCAUUUGGCCGACUUGUACGAACUUGUUCAAUAUGCUGGCAACAUCAUCCCGCGCCUAUAUCUUAUGAUCACUGUUGGCACUGUAUAUAUGGCUAUCUCAGAUGCCCCCGUGAAAGAGAUCAUGAAGGAUAUGAUGGAAAUGAGUAGAGGGGUGCAACAUCCGGUGCGUGGUUUGUUUUUGAGAUACUAUCUAUCUGGGCAAGCAAGGGAUCAUUUGCCGACCGACACGGGAGAGGGGCCUCAAGGCAACCUGCAAGAUUCGAUCAAUUUCAUCUUGACGAACUUCGUGGAAAUGAACAAGUUGUGGGUUCGACUGCAGCACCAAGGACAUUCGCGGGAACGAGAGCAGAGAACCCAGGAGAGACGGGAACUUGAGGUUUUGGUUGGAAGUAACUUGGUUCGCCUCAGCCAAUUGGUCGAUCUGGAGACGUAUAAAUCGGUGAUACUACAACCUCUUCUGGAACAGGUGGUGCAAUGCAGAGAUGUGCUCGCUCAGGAGUAUCUCUUGGAAGUGAUUACCAAGGCCUUCCCCGAUGAAUACCAUCUACACACCCUCGACAUGUUGCUUACAGCAAUCUCAAAGCUCAACCCCCACGUUGACAUGAAAAAGAUCGUUAUCGGCUUAAUGGAUAGAUUAUCGUCUUAUGCGAGUCGCGAUUCUGAUAGUAAGGACACCAUUGAGGCCAAGAGGGAAGCAGAAGAAGAUGCAACCCGAAAAUUACUGGAGCGCGUGAAAAUAUCCGAAGAGCCCGGACCUACCGAAGCACCCGAGACUAAACAGAAUGGUACUGCUGAACCAGCGAAAGAAAGUAAGAUGGAAAAAAGUGAACAGGAAUCUUUACCAGGAGUUUCUGUUGAAGCUCCCAAGGAGGAUACGGGCGCGGAGUCCAAAUCGGCGUUACCGGGUGAUAUCAAACUGUAUGAAGUUUUCUAUGAUCAGGUCGUGAACUUGGUAAAAACUCGGGGGUUACCCAUUCAAGAUACUAUUGCGCUCCUAGUUUCUCUGGCCAACCUUGCGCUGAAUAUAUAUCCAAAUAAACUAGAAUAUGUUGAUCAAAUUCUCGAAUUUGCGACCCAAAAGACCUUAGAACAUGCCGAUAGCGCAGACCUACACUCUGCGCCAGCCCAAUCCAGCCUUCUUAAUCUCCUCUUAGCUCCUAUUCAUUCUUACGCUUCCAUUUUCACGGCACUAUCUCUUCCAAACUAUAUCCCUCUAUAUGCUGCGCAAUCAUAUCCAACCCGGCGUGCCGUCGCUGGGGAUAUUUCUCGCAAUAUUUUGAGAAGUAAAACCCUGAUAUCCACGACGGAAAACCUUGACAAUGUGCUCCGAGUUCUCAAGGUUCUAAUAAAAGAGGGAAUGCAACAGCCCCUUGGCUAUCCGGGCAUGUCGACACAACGACGUGGUGAAACGGACGAGACGAUCGAGGAGCAGGGAUGGUUAGCGCGAAUAGUCCACUUCAUUCAGGGUUCAAACAAUGAUAUCCAAUUCAAACUUUUACAAGCUACGAGGACAGCCUACUUAGAAGGAAACGAGAGAAUCCGCUAUACUACUCCCGCAAUUAUCACUGCCUCGCUCAAAUUGGCCCGGCAUUUAAAGAAGCGGGAGCAUUUUGAAGAUAACUUCCAAUCACAAUCCACAGCGCUAUUUAGGUUCAUGCACCAAUGUGUAAGCACCUUAUAUCAACGGGUAAAUUCGGGUUGUGCAGAAUUAUCGUUGCGACUUUUCGUUCUCUGCGGUCAAGUAGCCGAUGAGGUCGGAUUUGAAGAGUUUAGCUACGAAUUAUUCGCGCAGGCAUUUACAGUAUACGAGGAUUCUAUCAGCGAUUCAAGAGCACAGUUCCAAGCUGUGUGUAUUCUUGUUAGCGCGUUGUAUGGAACGAGGAACUUUUCAAGAGAAAACUAUGACACUCUUAUUACUAAGGCCGCUUUGCAUGGAAGUAAGCUUCUGAAGAAGCCAGAUCAAUGUCGGGCAGUUUAUCUGGCAAGCCAUCUGUGGUGGGUUAUGGAUAGUCCACAGCCAGAAGGCGAAGAGCCCAAGGUCGUCUAUCGCGACGGCAAAAGAGUCCUCGAAUGCCUUCAACGCGCUCUCCGCGUUGCCGAUGCAUGCAUGGACACCGCCGUCUCCGUUGAACUCUUCAUAGAGAUCCUUAACCGCUACGUCUACUAUUUUGACCAGCAAAACGAAAGCGUCACCAUUAAGUACCUCAACGGGCUCAUCGAGCUCAUCCAGUCUAAUCUCCAGAGCAACCAGGUUGAUGGGUCCAUCAACUCCAGCCUUGAAAACCCAAAGCGGCAUUUCCAACGAACACUUGAGUAUAUUAAAUCGAGGGAGUACGAAGGAGUGGUCACGGAGCCGUCGGUGUGAUGUAAACAGAACUCUGUGUGGCUAAUGACUUGAUGUAUGUUUAGCUUAUGAAUGGAUCUUAUAUGUAUGCAAUGCAGCUUUGACUGCCGGCUUUGUAUACCUGAAUUUCUAUGGGUGGCUUUUUUGGGUGCUUUCCCCCCUUUCCCUCCGUGGAGUAUGAAUUAGCUUAGUAUUUAAUACAUGUGAUACCUUCCGGACUGUGACCCUUGACUGUAAUUGGAGAUGGCUAAUAGAAUGAUAACUGGCUGUCGAACAACGUUCAAUUUCAUUUCUCUGCAUCCUAUGCAUGAGUUUGAAAAGUACGGGACCACAAAACAAAGAAGGUACCCAUGAACAGCUAGCCAGCUGUCAUUGCCAUGCCAUGCCUGCCUGCCAGAAUGCCUGCCUUCCUUGCUGCAAUACACUACAUGAAAAGCUUGUAUUCCAAGCAGCAACUUAAAAACUAACAUGUAUAAGAGAAACGGAAAACACAAUAGUAGCACCCAGCUCGAAAAAAAGGCAAGGCAAUAGAAUGUUCAAACACAGGCAGUGAGGUAGAAUAAAAAACGCCUGAAAGUUCGAACAACCAGGAAAAAGUAAAGAGGUGACGUCUGAAAGUAGGGGAUAAAGGACAUCUGAUGACAGUGGUUGUUCAUGCAAACAUGGUAAAGACAUUAGAGGGUCAUGACGAUAAGGAUAGGAGUUUAACAGCCGACACUGGUGGGUGAGAAGAGAUAAGCUCCCUGGCCAGCUUCGAACCAUAGCUCUAAAAUCCCGUAGUGGGAGAGAUAUUCGUGGUAGCAAACUGUCUCGAGCCACUUCCUGGAGUAGGUAAACUGGAACCUGGCACAGGACUACCAAUGUCUCCGGGUACUACACUUCCUCGAGUACUCGACGAUAUGCUGUUAUUAUCCGGUUCAAACUUGACGAAUGUGCCCUUAGGCCCUUCAUUCUUGAUGAUAAAAGAGCCUCCGCCGUUUUGAGGAUUGCCUUCCGUGUCACAUAUAUCGAGCAUCUCGUCAAGACCAAUUUGCGAUUCAUUCGGAGAAUUUAACUGCUCCACUUGACGAAGAAUUUGAUUCACAUUGUGAUACCCGGAACUAUCGGUGCCGCUAGUCGUAUUUAGCUGCUUGCAAGCUUGGAUUACCGAUAAUCGGAUUGCAACAGGCCGUGAUGUGUGCGC